GCAGAAUAAUUUAAACAUUCAAAUUAUAACGAUUAUUUGUUGGUACACAUUUGUUUUAUUUCUUUGUGGUUCCCCUUUCUUUCGUGCGAGGCAGAUACAUAAUUCUGUCAACGUAGUCUGGCCGUGGGCAUGAGUGAGACAGAUAGUGUUCGUCAUAACUCACCACACUGUGCGUGUGUAUUGGAGGGUGAGAAGGAAUUGAAAAGGGAUCGACAUGAAUUAAAGAGUCAGUCGAGUUGUGAAAUUCAAUCAACAUGCCACGCGCCAGAAAACGUUUCGCCGAAAGUCCGGUCAAAGACUCGGAUAAUGAAUCCUCGUCAUCAGAAGUGGGAUUACCUCCGCCUCCAGCCGAUGAUGCAAAUCUUUUGUCAAUUUUGGAGAUGCAAAAUCGUAAUUUCGCUGAGCUAAUAAAACAAGUGCAGUGCUCUCAAAAUGAACCAAAAGAUGCCAAAAACAUUGUUUUGCCAAAGUUCAACCCUGAUCGUGCAGGAUCAGACGCUCUCUCCUGGUGUUCAACGGUCGACUACAUCUUGUCCGAAAACCAGCUAGUGGGCAGCGCUCUUGUAAUGUCCCCUCAGCAAAUCACUGGAAGGCACCGCAUCUCACUGGCUCUCGCAGACAUGUUUUCCUGGCAUUACGUGGACGCAGUUCCGAGAAUUAUUUUUACAAUAUUUUUCUGGAACGGAGACUUUGGCCGCAACCGUUAUUAA